AUUAUAUAAAGGAAUUACAGCUCUGCAUUGUAAAGAAUUAAAACAAAGCCAUCAACUGUAAAUAAAUGACACAAAAAGCUGUCGUUACACAGGACGAGAGAGAGAGAGAGAGAGGGUUGUGAUGACUGUAGCUGAUCCCAUUGGAAUUCUCUUGGCUUAGACCCUUUGGGUGCCCGCUGUACCCACACUGACAAACGAGCGGAUGGGUCUGAGUGAACCGUGCCAACUCACCAUCUAUUGAGAUUCAGUCUGAUGGACACAAAUGCGAACGACAGACUUGCUGUAUCAACAGCAAUCGAUGCCCAACCCAUUUCUGCUGCUGUGGACGGAUUUAAACCAUAAAUACCCCUGGAGUUCCCUCCAGUCGCCCGGCACACCCACAUCUCCAUACACAUAAACACACACACACUGAAGGAGAGUGGCGAGGUGAAGGACAGAGAGACAGGUUGAGAUGUCGGAGCAUCAGGGAGUUCCAGAUCAGCAGGUGGCUGGGAAAAGUCAAGGAGGAGCAGGAGCCGUGUAUAAGGUCUCUGUGUAUGAAUUCGAAAACUUCCGUGGAAAAAAGGCCGAGCUGUCAGCCGAAUGUAAGGACCUGACUGAGAAGAAUUUGGAUAAAGUUGGAUCGAUUGUGGUUGAGUCUGGACCAUGGGUGGCCUUCGAGCAGAAAGGCUUUGCGGGAGAACAGUUUGUUUUGGAGAAAGGAGAAUAUCCACGCUGGACAACCUGGAGCAACAGUCAGAAGAGCUGCUGUCUGCUCUCCAUCAGACCUCUUAAAGUGGACAGCGCGGACCACAAACUUCAUCUGUUUGAGAACUGCAGCUUUGCUGGGAGAAAGAUGGAAAUUGUGGAUGAUGACAUUCCCAGCUUAUGGGUCCAUGGCUUCCAGGACCGCGUGGCCAGCGCCAAAGCUCUAAACGGAACGUGGGUUGGCUACAUGUACCCCGGUUAUCGCGGCCGUCAGUUUGUGUUUGAACACGGUGACUUUAAACACUGGAACGACUGGGGAGCCACAGAACCGCAGCUGCAGUCCGUCCGGCGUGUACGGGACAUGCAGUGGCACAAACGCGGCUGCUUUAUCAUCCCUGACCCCGCUCCCAAACCCAAUCCAAAACCUAAUCCUACACCCGCCCCCCCUAUCCCGCUCGCCACGGCUCUCAGUAACUGAAGGCCCGGAAAACACAAAAGCAAAAGUGACUCGCCUCUCGUGUGUGACUUACAUUGGAAAUAAAGGCCUUGGCCCCGAUGGUUUGACCUCUGACCUUAACCUGGAAUCUCUGUGUUUAUUUGGUGAAGUGAAAUUAUUGACAACUUCUAGAGAUAUAACAGAUAUACUGUAAUAGAGACGUUUAAAGACACAAAAGUGAAACAGGCAACUUUUUAUUUUACUACUAUUAGUAGAACUGCGUCCACUAGGGGGAAAUGUAGUUGGCAAUCCACUUUUUUCUUGAACCGUUCAUCUCAGUUUUGGUAAGUUUACAUCACAUUACAGAAGUCAAAUGCAUUGUGUAUCUGUAAUGUUUUCUUCAUAUCUCUGUCUGUGUUAUUUGAUAUCUACGUGUGUAUGUAUGUGUGUGUGUGUGUGUGUGUGUGUGUG